ACGAACGAAUGAACUAGCAGGCUAACUAAUUAGCUUAGCUUAGCAAACGACGGGUAGUUGGGUGGACAGUGAUUCGGUGAUUAUACUAUUUAUAGAUAGAUUAGCUACAUAAGUAAAAAAAAAUAUCUCACGAUAUGUUAUUUAGCCCAACAUCUUUAUCUGAAUGUUUACAGGAAUGGGAAGAUCUCGAAAAGGAUUAUCAACAGGUCCAGGAGACCCAUCGUUUAUAUAAACAAAAGCUGGACGAGGUUUCGAAAUUACAACAUAACUGUUUAGCUUCUAUUGCACGACAGAAGAAAAGACUGAAGGACCUCUCUGAUUCACUUGAAGAAUGCAAGCAGAAAGGGGUUCCAGAGGACAUAAACACAAUAAAUGGGAUCCAGGAAUCCAUGAAAGAAAGGCCAAAUAUAUUUUUUGAGAUGGAAGCCUUCCUUCCAAAGAAAAACGGGUUAUACCUCAGUCUUGUUCUUGGAAAUGUGAACGUUACGCUACUCAACAAACAGUCAAAAUUUGCUUAUAAAGAUGAAUAUGAGAAGUUCAAACUCUGCCUGACUGUCAUUCUCCUAUUCUUCUCUUUCACGUGUCGAUAUUUGGUCAGCUAUAGAGUGGUAGAUGCACUUCUCAAUUUCUUGUUGGUGUGGUAUUACUGCACAUUGACUAUAAGGGAGAGCAUCCUUAUUAAUAAUGGCUCCAAGAUCAAGGGGUGGUGGGUAUUUCAACAUUAUGUCUCAACGUUCCUCUCUGGGGUAAUGCUGACUUGGCCUGAAGGAGAGCUCUACCAGAUGUUUAGGAAUCAGUUCCUGUCCUACUCUAUGUAUAUAAAUUUUGUCCAGUUUCUUCAGUACUACUACCAGAGUGGUUGUCUGUAUCGUCUUCGUGCCCUGGGAGAAAGGCACAACAUGGACCUCACAGUUGAGGGUUUUCAGUCCUGGAUGUGCAGAGGCCUUACUUUUCUGUUGCCCUUCCUUUUCUUUGGUCAUUUUUGGCAGCUUUACAAUGGAAUUACCCUUUUCCAAAUGGCUCAGCUGCCAGAGUGGAAGGAGUGGCAGGUCCUUAUGUGUGGUUCCACUUUCCUUGUGCUUUUCAUGGGAAACUUUUUCACCACACUCGGUGUAGUUUACCACAAGUACACAAAUCAGGACAAAGCUAAAGAUUUAUGAAUGUGAAAUUUAAAGCAAGAUGUCAAGUUCUCUCCCAUUAAUUGAAUGAGUCUCUCAAAAGUAAUUUUUAUACCUUAAUUUGUACUGCGUUUAUAAAUGUAAAGCCUCAUUGUUGCAGCCUACUGUAUGCUUGGAUUCCUUUGUACACUGAAUGUGUAUAUAAAUUAUCUAACUAAAUUAAUGUUUAUGAACCCCAAAUGGAAAAAAAAAACCUUGUUCAGGAAAGUAUUAAUUUAUUUUUCUUACAGUUUUCAUGUUCUGUAAUGUCAUUACAUUUCCAAAUUCAGAAUAAAAAUGGCUAUGACAGUGUUUAAUGGUUAUUUCAAUGUGUUCUCACAAUGUACAUACUGUCCAUGUAUAGACUAAUAAAGGCAAUGCUAGACUACAUUAAUGGGAAUUCACCAA